AUGACGCGAAGGAGCACAAUUAAUCGCACAUUGAAAUUAAUGCUCACUCUUUGCGGCAUAUGGCCGGGCAUAUCGUGCGUUAUAAUCUGCAGAGUGUAUUGGAUAAUUGCAUUGGCCACGGAUGAAAUUUGUCAUUAUCGCUAUCUUUCAAUGCACCUGCGCACCAACGAUCUCUUCGAUUUAAUGGAUUGUUUCAGUAGUUUUCUAACGCAGAUAAAAUUUAGCACCAAGUUGAUCAUAUUUUGGAUAAACGAGCGAAAAUUUCUUACCAUCUUAACGAUGAUGACGGAAGAUUGGAACGAUUGUGUCGACAAUGACGUCACCAUGCGGGAAACAGUGUACAAAGCUAAAUUAGCGAAUCGUAUCACUAACGCGAUGUUCACUCUUCACUUGUUGACCAUCGUUGCGUACAGCAUUGGCGUUUUUUUGGCCGACGUUGACGUUACCGAUCACAAAUCCGAACUACCUCUUCUCUUGAAAGUUGAACUUCCCAUCGGCAUAAACACAAAACGUACAUACAAAAUGCUGCUAGCGACGCAAUUCGUGCAUCUCAUUAUGUCCGGCUGCGGAACCGGUUUGCUAAAUGCUCUACUUUUAACACUGACUCUGCAUGUAGGUGGUCAAAUUGAUGUUCUGCGCAGUUGGUUGAAGACGCUCGUGUCUGAUGAAAAUAAAGAGAGACACAAAUCCAUCGUCGCUACGACAAACAAAAUUAUUCAGAAGCAUCAGAAAAUUAUCACUUUUUCGGAACAUAUCGAGGAUUUGUACACGUACAUCGCAUUAGUGCAAUUUACAUCGAACACAGUACUGAUUUGUUCGUUAGGAUUUCUCAUUGUGACCGCAAUCGGUAAUCCCGAUGCUACGGAACAGAUAGUGAGAUCUCUUUUGUUCUAUACCGUAACGAAUCUCGAAGCUUUUAUAUUUUGCUUCGCAGGAGAAUAUAUAAAAAACAAGAGCAAAGCUAUUGGAACUGCGGCGUAUGACUCCGCGUGGUACGACUUAAAACCUGAAAACAGUCGUAAUUUAAUAUUCGUAAUACUGAGAGCACAGAAACAAUUGACGCUCACGGUUGGAAAGAUAAUGGAUCUCUCUUUAGAAUCUUUUACAAGUAUCAUGAAAGCUUCGGGAUCGUACUUGUCAGUAUUAUUGGCUAUGCAAUAA